AUGAUGGCCUUUCAACAUGGAGUGGACGAUCUCAUCCUUCUGGACGACAUCAGCAACGAGGGAAUCCUGAACACCCUCCGCUCACGCUACAACGCCAACCUCAUCUACACAUACAUCGGACAGGUGCUCAUCGCCAUCAAUCCGUACCAGCAGCUGCCCGUCUACGGCCCCAACGUCAUCAAGAGCUACCAGGACCGCUACAUCUUCGAGGAGCCCCCGCACGUCUACGCCAUCGCCGAGGACGCCUAUCGCUCGCUGCUCACCGAGGGCGUCAACCAUGGUGAGUCCGGGUCGGGCAAGACGGAGACGUCGAAGUUCAUCAUGCGCUACAUCGCCGCGGUGACGGGCAAGACGGAGAGCGUGGAGACCGUCAAGGACCAGAUCCUCCAGUCCAACCCCGUGCUCGAGGCCUUCGGUAAUGCAAAGACGGUGCAGAACGACAACUCGUCGCGCUUCGGCAAGUACUUCGAGAUUCAGUUCAACGUGGCGGGCGAUCCCAUCGGCGGGCGCGUCACCAACUACCUCCUCGAGAAGUCGCGCGUGGUCCAUCAGGCCCGCAACGAGCGCAACUUCCACAUCUUCUAUCAGCUCCUCGAGGGCGCCUCCCCUGCCGAAAAGCAGGAGUUCUUCCUGUCGAAGCCGCAGGACUACCACUACCUCAACCAGAGCGGCUGCUUCACCGUCAGCGGUGUCGACGACAGCUCCGAAUUCCGCGCCACCAGGACGGCAAUGAACGUGAUCGGUCUGGGCGCCGAGGAGCAGAAGUCGGUCUUCCGUCUGGUGUCGGCCGUGCUCCACCUGGGCAACAUACGUUUCGCCGACCAGGGCGGCAAGGCCAAGGUCGAAAACAGGGAAGAGCUGGACGUCGUCGCCAAGCUGCUGCAGCAGGACGCGGGAGUCAUCGAGCACGCCCUGAUCUCGCGCACCGUGACCGCGGGCGUCGGCGGACGCGGCUCCGUCCACUCGGUCCCGCUCGACGUCGAGAAGGCCCUCUACACGCGCGAUGCGUUGGCCAAGCACCUGUACAGCCGCGUGUUCGAUUGGCUGGUGCAGCGGAUCAACGAACUCAUCUGCGACGACACGGCCGAGUUCACCAUUGGCGUGCUCGACAUCUACGGCUUCGAAAUCUUCGAGCUCUGUAUAAACUUCGUGAACGAAAAGCUGCAGCAGAUCUUCAUCGAUCUCACCCUCAAGACCGAGCAGGAGGAGUACCAGGACGAGGGCAUCAAGUGGGAAAACGUCGCCUACUUCAACAACAAGCCCUGCGUCGAGCUCAUCGAAGGCAGGAAUGGAAUCAUGUCCCUCCUGGACGAGGAGUGCGUGUUCCCGCAGGGCACGGACCAGUCCUACCUCGCCAAGCUCAUCCGACAGUGCGCCAACCACCAGUACUUCAAGUCCGACUCCAAGGCCCUGUCGUCGGCCUCCUUUGCCAUGGAGCACUACGCCGGCACCGUGACGUAUUCGGUGGACACGUUCCUGGACAAGAACAAGGACACGCUGUCCAACGAUCUCAAGGCCAUGCUGCAGAGCUCGCGUGACGGCUUCAUCAAGUCGCUCUUCCCGCCCGAUGUCGUCCAGUCCAUGAAGCGUCCCCCCACCGCCGGCCUCCAGUUCAGGAAUCAGGUGACGGGUCUGGUGGCGACGCUGCGUUCGUGCACGCCGCACUACAUUCGUUGCAUGCGCCCCAACGGCAUCAAGGCGCCCAACAACUUCGACGAGCGACUCACCGGCAACCAGAUCCGCUACCUGGGUCUGCUGGAGAACGUGCGGGUGCGCCGCGCUGGUUACGCCUACCGCCAGACCUACGAGAAGUUCAUGCACAGGUUCCGUAUUCUGUCGGACAAGACGUUCCCCAAGUGGGACAAGGACGCGCGUUCGGGCGUGCAGAAGAUCCUGGACGACUGUAACAUCAAGCAACACGCCAGCGGCCAGUCGGCCUACGAGUUCGGCAAGACCAAGAUCUUCAUCCGCAUGCCCCAGAGCUUGUUCACUCUCGAAGAGCUGCGGCUGCAGAAGAUGAACGACGUCGUCAAGGCGAUUCAAAAGCGAUGGCGGGAGUGCCGGCACCGGGCCUUCAACAAGCGCGUGAGGGCGGCGGUGCCGGAGCUGUUCUGGGGCAACAAGGAGCGACGCAGGGACUCGGUCUUCAGGCAGUACAACGGCGACUACCUCAAGGCCAAGAACUCGCGCAUGCACAAGGCCAUCAAGAAGAAAUACGGCGAGCGUCGGUUGUUCUUUGCGGACAAGACGGUGUUCGUGGAGAAGGGCAAGCUCAAGCAGAGGGCGCUGCUCAUGACCGAGGGCGCCUUCUACACCGUCGGCGGCAAGUGGCGCAAGAAGAUUCAGAGGAGGAUUCCCCUUCAGGACAUCGCCUCGGUCGAGCUCAGUCAACUGGCCGACGGGGUGGUGGUGCUGCACAUGAGCAACGCCGACGACGAUGCCGUGUUCGACUCGGACAAGAAGACCGAGGUGGUGGCCAUCCUCUACGAAAUCUCGGCCGAGAACGCGCGCGAGAAGGGCGACGCGCAGGCCAAGGGCGUCCCCGUCACCUUCGCCUCGGGCAACAUCGCCUUCAAGGAGAAGCGGUCGCAAAAGACGCUGAGCUUCACGAGGGACGAGACCGCGGGCGCGCGGACGCUGCUCAAGCCGCAGGGCGACACGGUGGCGGUGAGCGCCGCGACGGGGCUCGACCGCGGCGCCGGACCCAAGAAGCGGGAGAAGGCCAAGAAGCCCGACCGCAACAUCCGCCAGAUCACCCGGGCCGCCGGCGGCGCGCACGGCAUGGCCGUCAUCGCGCGAGCCAAGGCCCAGCACAACUACACCGCCCGCAACGCCCGCGAACUCACCUUCAAGGCGGGCGACAUCAUCAACGUGACCCAGAAAUCGCUGUCGGGCACCUGGCAGGGCGAGCUCAACGGCAAGACGGGCUCCUUCCCCGCCAACCUCUGCGUCGAGGUCUGA